GGGGCUGCAGGCUGCUAGCUGGGAGCGCGGCGCACGGCAGCCGAUUGGAAAGCCGAGCUCCGCUCUGAUAAGAUGCUGCGGGCCGGAGCACCUACCGCCGGCUUGUUCCGGACGGGAGAAGUCCACACCGGGACAACUAUCAUGGCUGUGGAGUUUGAUGGGGGUGUCGUGGUGGGUUCUGAUUCCCGGGUCUCAGCAGGACAAGCGGUGGUGAACCGGGUGUUCGACAAGCUGUCCCCUCUGCACCAGCGAAUCUACUGUGCCCUCUCCGGCUCAGCUGCUGAUGCCCAAGCCAUAGCUGACAUGGCCGCCUACCAGCUGGAGCUGCACGGGUUGGAACUGGAGGAGCCGCCCCUUGUUCUGGCAGCUGCAAACGUGGUAAGGAAUAUCACCUACAAGUACCGCGAGGACUUGUCUGCACAUCUCAUGGUAGCUGGUUGGGACCAACGUGAGGGGGGCCAGGUAUACGGAACCAUGGGAGGAAUGUUGAUCCGACAGCCCUUUGCCAUCGGGGGUUCCGGCAGUACCUACAUUUACGGUUAUGUGGACGCAGCCUAUAAACCAGACAUGACCCCUGAGGAGUGCAGGCGCUUCACCACAAAUGCCAUCGCUCUGGCCAUGAACCGCGAUGGCUCUAGCGGGGGUGUCAUCUACCUGGCCACCAUCACAGCUGCUGGCGUGGACCACCGAGUAAUCCUGGGGGACGAACUGCCAAAGUUCUAUGAUGAGUGAUUCUCCCCGACUCCGCUGUCAUGGAGCCAGAUCCUGGUGUCAUGGACAGAAAGUGAAAUGGACGUCAGAAAGAAACAGCGUGGGAGGGGAGCUCCCUCCCCAACCCAGAUAUCAGAGUGCCAUUCUCAUUCUUUUUUAAAUAAACUUUGUUAUU